GUGAGAGAGAGAGAAGGAGGAGGAGGAGGACAGGCAGAGAACCAGAGCGAGCGUUAUAGAGAGGGACAACACUCAGCAACACAACAGGAGAUCCGCAUGGGAACAGCAGCUCACUGGAAAAGAAGAGGCACAGGAGAUAUAGAGGCAGACUAGAGGAGGUGGUGUGCAAGACAUACGUGUCAGAGCCUGAGGAACUGUAAGUGUGUGAGUGGGUGUGUGUUUGUGUGUGCGCACGUGUGUGCUCUCCCGAGGCCGUGGCAGCCAUGGCAUCAGAGGCCAGCGCCCAGUCCAGGGUGAUGUUCCAGGCAAAGGACAAAACAGAGGAGCCGGCUCAUCGCAAGCUGGGCAAGCUGACGGUCAAGUACAACCGCAAGGACCUGCAGAGGCGGCUGGAUAUUGAGGAGUGGAUCGACGGACAGCUGCACCUGCUGUUUGACUGCGAGGAGGAGGAGAUCCCGGAGUUAGAGAUCGACAUAGAUGAGCUCCUGGAGCUGACAGAUGAAGGCCAGAGAACCCGGCUGCAGGAGCUGUUGCAGGAAUGCGGGAAGCCAAAAGAGGAAUUUAUCAAUGGCCUGCUCUACAGGAUAAAGGGUCUACGUAAAAUGUCAGGUCCCUUGAAGAAAUAAUUUUAGGUCAAAUAAAUUAUUGAGACAGUGCGUGGCUUCUUUAUCUUCCCAUCGACCGAGGAGGUUAACUGUUGGGACGCCAGUACGUGCAGUUCACGUUGUGGGAUCUCUUCCCGGGUCGGUAUCAGUCUGACACAAGAGCAGUUGGGUUUUGAAUAGAUUGUCUUUAUUAUUAUUAUUUCACCUUCAUGUAUGGACUGCUAAAACAUUUUGUUUCCCAUUAACCAAUAAUGCACAUGAGAUAAAAAGCUGUUAUGCCUAUUACUCAGACAGACUGGGCUUUUUUUGUUUAAGACUGUACAUUUUCAUUUGCCUAUUUAUGUACAUAAAUAUUUUUGUUCUGAUGACAGUGUUGUAAGUUAAAAUAAAAAUUGAUCAUUUUCAAGACAAGGCUGUUGAUGAAUUGUCAAGAGGGUUAAGUGUGAUUCCACAAGCACAGGCGAUCAUAUGACUGGCCAACAGGUAUCAGAAAUUAUUCAUCCUCCUUAUACAAAUAAAUAUUGACAUGUCCAUAACAUCAAGCAGUUUAAAAAACAUUGAAAUAUACUGUUACUGCUCUAAAACACUUUAGAGGAGGAUAAUGUCGUACAGUCCUGACUUUCAGACGGUGUUCCCAGAAAACAUGGGUGUGUUGUGCUUUCAGCGGUGAUGGAGACAAAGGGGACGUUGACAUGUCAAGUCCAGGAGUAAACACAGUGCAAUCAGCAGCAGGAGGGUCCAUUAAGUAUGGGUCCAUUAUCCUCCUCAUCCAUUUCCUGUCUGUGGAGCGUGCAUGACAAGGCCAGAAAAAAAAAAAAGGCAAAAACAGUAACGGCCUCGCUGCAAACCUUAAUGGAGACAAGCCCCCAGAGGAGAGUGUAAUUAUGGUUUCUCCUCAGCUAGACAGUAAUGCAUAGUGAUGAAACUGCACUCUGGCCAUCUCCCUGACACACACAGAGGGUCUCUUGGCCGAGUGGCUCCAUUAUAGUAAUUUGCUAUGUCCGACCCCCAUUUCCACUUUUGCUUCUCUGACCUCCAUACUGUAAUAUGCUACACGUCCGACAAGACCUGCCAGACGGAGACGCUUUUGUCUUGUAAUGAUAACUUUAA